UGGUGUGCGCUAGGGCUGCUGGGAAAUGUAGUCCCUGGUGGGGCGCGGGCCACAGAGACCCGCACACCCAGCGGUGACAGCUGAGGAGGGUGUGCUUGCUCCACAGGGACCAGCAUGGACCAGUCUGUGGCCAUCCAGGAGACGCUGGCUGAGGGGGAAUACUGCAUCAUCGCAGUGCAAGGCGUGCUGUGUGAGGGAGACAGCAGGCAGAGCCGCCUCCUGGGGCUCGUGCGCUACCGCCCGGAACAUGGAGGCCAAGAACACGCCCUCUUCCUGUAUACGCACCGGAGGAUGGCCAUUACUGGGGACGAUGUCUGUUUGGACCAGAUAGUGCCGGUCUCGCGGGACUUCACACUGGAAGAAGUGUCCUCAGAUGGUGAACUCUACAUUCUUGGCUCAGAUGUGACCGUCCAGCUGGACACAGCGGAGCUCAGCCUCACAUUCCAGCUUCCCUUUGGUUCACACACCAGGAUGUUCCUGCAGGAAGUUGCCAGGGCCUGUCCAGGCUUGGACCCUGCGACCCGGGAUCCUGAGUUCCAGUGGCUGUCUCGACACAGGUGCACGGAGACGGAACCCUCGCCGCUCGGCUGGAACUCGGCCCCAGGCACCUGGCCCGGGUGCGCCAGAAUUGGCGGAGGUGGUUCAAACUUGGACAGUUUGAGGCCAAAUGGGAAAGGCCUGUUUGUGGACCAAAGCUCCAGGGGUCAGGAUAAACCAGAUAACUUGCUCCCAAGACAGACUAAAUCCAAGUCGGAAAUUACCGACAUGGUUCGCUCUUCCACUAUCACAGUCUCAGACAAGGCUCACAUUUUGUCGAUGCACAAGUUUGGGCUACGAGAAACACUGGUGAAAUCACAUCUGAUGCAGAAAGAGGAGGAUUAUACCUAUAUCCAGAACUUCAGGUUUUUUGUGGGGACGUACAAUGUGAAUGGACAGUCCCCCAAAGAAUGCCUUCGGCCUUGGCUAAGUCAUGGUAUCCAGGCCCCAGAUGUAUACUGUGUAGGGUUCCAGGAGCUUGAUCUGAGUAAGGAGGCCUUUUUCUUCCAUGACACCCCGAAGGAGGAAGAGUGGUUUAAAGCUGUAUCAGAGAGUCUUCAUCCAGAUGCCAAGUAUGCAAAGGUGAAAUUCAUCCGACUGGUUGGGAUUAUGCUGCUGUUAUAUGUCAAACAGGAACAUGCAGCACACAUCUCAGACGUGGAAGCGGAGACCGUGGGGACAGGAAUCAUGGGGAGGAUGGGCAACAAAGGAGGAGUGGCCAUCAGGUUCCAGUUCCACACCAGCAGCAUCUGCGUCGUGAACUCGCACCUGGCAGCCCACACAGAAGAGUACGAGAGGAGGAACCAGGACUUUAAAGACAUCUGCUCUCGGAUGCAGUUUUGUCAGGUUGACCCGAGCCUUCCCCCUCUCACCAUCGGCAAGCACGAUGUGAUCUUGUGGCUGGGGGACCUCAACUACAGGAUAGAAGAGUUGGAUAUGGAAAAAGUGAAAAAGCUCAUCGAAGAGAAGGACUUUCAAACCCUGUAUGCUUAUGACCAGCUGAAAGCUCAGAUGGCUGCAAAGGCAGUCUUUGAAGGCUUCACAGAAGGUGAACUCACGUUCCAGCCUACCUAUAAAUAUGAUACUGGCUCCGACGAGUGGGAUACCAGCGAGAAGUGUCGCGCUCCUGCCUGGUGUGACCGGAUCCUCUGGAAAGGGAAGAACAUUACUCAGCUGAGUUACCAGAGCCACAUGGCCCUGAAGACCAGUGACCACAAGCCUGUCAGCUCGGAGUUUGACAUUGGGGUGAGGGUUAAAGAUGAAGAGCUUUACCGGAAGGCUCUGGAGGAGAUUGUUCGAUCCCUGGACAAGAUGGAAAAUGAUAACAUUCCUUCUGUGUCGCUCUCCCGGCUGGAGUUCUGUUUUCAGAAUGUGAAGUACAUGCAAUUGCAAGUGGAAUCCUUUACAAUUCAUAAUGGACAAGUACCCUGUCAGUUUGAAUUCAUCAACAAGCCUGAUGAAGAGUCUUACUGUAAGCCGUGGCUGAAUGCCAACCCCAGCAAAGGGUUCCUCCUGCCAGAUUCGGCCGUUGAGAUUGACUUGGAGAUAUUUGUAAGUAAGACCAUGGCUACAAAGCUCAACUCUGGUGAAGACAAAAUUGAGGACAUUCUUGUUUUGCACUUGGAGAGGGGAAAGGAUUACUUUUUGUCUGUGUCUGGGAACUACGUGCCCAGCUGUUUCGGAUCUCCCAUUCAUACACUGUGCUACAUGAGGGAGCCAAUCUCUGACCUGCCGCUUGAAACUGUGAGAGAGCUGACUCUGAUGCCACUCUGGACUGAAGAUGAUGGCAGCCAGCUGGAGAACCCCAUGGAAAUCCCCAAAGAGCUCUGGAUGAUGGUUGACUUCCUGCACCGAAAUGCUGCCCGGGAGGAGGAUCUGUUUCAACAGCCAGGCCGAAGGUUGGAAUUUGAGCAAAUCAGGGACUGUUUGGAUGCUGGAAUGAUUGAUAACCUUGAUACCCUCUCCCUUAGCAACCACUCUGUAGCCGAAGCCUUGCUGCUUUUCCUGGAGAGCCUGCCAGAGCCCGUCAUCUGCUACAGCGCCUACCAUAACUGCUUGGAGUGUUCUGGAAACUACACAGCCAGUAAACAGGUCAUUUCUACUCUCCCCACAUUCCACAAAAAUGUCUUCCACUACUUGCUGGCAUUUUUGCGAGAGUUGCUGAAAAAUUCAGAAAAAAAUCAUUUGGAUGAGAAUAUUCUAGCUAGCAUAUUUGGCAGCUUACUGCUUCGAAACCCAGCUGGUCAACAGAAGCUUGAAAUGGCAGAGAAGAAGGCUCAAGAAUUUAUUCACCAGUUCCUCUGCAACUCCCCCUGAGCCUCUGUCUCUUCUCCUGUUUUAUCUGAAGCAUCCAGUUACCAGUCUCACCUGUUUCCGUUCGAGAGCGGCCUCAGGAGGAUGUGAGGCCACUUGGAAACGAGAGUGGCAGCUGCCAGUUCCUGAGCCCAGGCCAUUUCUCCCACCAUGGCUAUACACUUAGUGCUGCUGCGAGUUGUGAGGACAUGAGAGAAAUCCACCACAAUAAAACUGACAUUCAAUGUUCAACUUUAGUUAAUUUAACACAUAGAUUAUUUUUUUAAAGAUUUGUAAAAAUUGAUUUUUUAGAGAGACGGAGAGGGAGAGAAACAUUGAUAGGCUGCCUUCUGCCUGAUUUCCCCACCCCCCACCCCCACCCCCUAGGGAUUGAGCCCCCAACCCAG